AUGUCAAAGGUCUUCACCCUCGAGGACGUCGCCAAGCACAACUCCAAGGAGGAUUGCUGGCUCAUCAUCGGCGGCAAGGUAUAUGAUGUGACGAAGUUUUUGGAAGACCACCCAGGGGGUGAUGAUGUUCUGUUGUCUUCAACUGGCAAGGAUGCAACUGAUGAUUUCGAGGAUGUCGGGCACAGCAGCACUGCCCGUGCGAUGAUGGAUGAGUACUUGGUCGGUGAAAUCGAUGCAUCGACGAUCCCUUCUAGGACAAAGUAUGUUCCCCCCAAGCAACCGCAUUACAACCAGGACAAGACCCCCGAGUUUGUUAUCAAGAUCCUCCAGUUUUUGGUUCCCCUGGCAAUCCUGGGCCUGGCUGUUGCCGUUAGGAUGUACACCAAGUCGGAGUCUGCUUAG